AUGAAGAGCAUCAUCGGUACUGUUACCGCCGCGGCUUUGGCUGCCCAGGGCGUGUCGGGUCAUUACAUCUUCGAGACCCUGAACAAGGGAGGUGUCGGGGGGACGCCGUACGAGUUCGUUCGCCGCAACACCAACUACAACUCUCCUGUGACCGACCUGGCUUCAAACGACCUCCGAUGCAACGUUGGUGGUGCUAGCGGUGGCAACACCAGCGUCGUUGAGAUGAAUGCCGGAGACCAAUUCACGUUCACCCUCGACACGGCUGUGUACCACCAAGGGCCAACUUCGCUUUACAUGUCAAAGGCGCCCGGCGCAGUCGAAGACUACGAUGGCAGCGGAGAUUGGUUCAAGUUCUACGACUGGGGCCCGACUUUCAGCGGCGGUUCAGCCACCUGGGCCAUGCAGUCCUCGUACUCCGGGACCAUCCCCAAGUGCAUUCCCAACGGCGAGUACCUCCUGCGGAUCCAGCAGCUCGCGAUCCACAACCCGGGCGCCACUCCCCAGUGGUACAUCGAGUGCGGCCAGGUCAGCAUCUCGGGCGGCGGCAGCAAGACGCCGAGCCCGACGGUGAAGAUCCCGGGCGCUUUCAAGGCGACGGACCCGGGGUACACGGUCAACAUCUACAAUAACUUCAACUCGUACACCGUCCCGGGCCCGGCGGUCUUCACUUGCUAA